AUGGCACACCACAUCGCCCGUAGCCUGCCGCCGACCGAGAAGGGGGGGCCCAGCGUCACGUUUGCUCCCUCCGUCCACCCCGUGGGCCCGCUGCGGGAGGCGCUCGCCUCGCUGCUCUCACUGACGUUCGUCGCCGCCCUCGUCGUCGGCCUCGGCGCACCGCUCCUGGCGGGUGUCCUCCCGCCCCACGUCUCGGCGUGGGUGGGGGAGAACCGCGCGAAGGUCAUCGGCGGCGGCUUUGUGGCGAACCUCAUUGGCGCGAAGCUCCUCCAGUCCGGCGCGUUUGAGAUCUUCCUAGACGACAAACUCCUCUUUUCGAAGCUGCAGGAGGGGCGACUGUUGCAUGCCGCCGAGCUGGCGGGCCUGGUGCUCAAGGCGCUGGCCGACGCGCCGGCGUAG